AUGGCCCCUGAAGCUACGGUACGGCACGCUCGCCGCACAGAUGCCCCGGCGAUCCUGGAGCUGAUUCGCGCUCUUGCCCUCUACGAGAAAGAGCCCCAUGCUGUCGAGGCCACGGUCGAGAGCAUACAGCGGACCGUGGCGUUUGCGCCGUGCGACUCGGCGGGGGACGAUGCCGCCGCGCCGGAUACGGAGCCCGUUACCCCCCAGCGGCCGGCGCGGUGUCUGCUGCUCAUCAGUCCCGCGGGGGAGGCUGUAGGAAUGGCGCUGUACUUUUACAACUACAGCACGUGGCGGUCCAAGCCUGGCAUCUACCUCGAGGAUCUCUUCGUCCAGCCCUCGGAGCGGGGAAAGGGCUACGGCAAGAGGCUUUUGGUCGAGCUGGCCAAGCAGGUCGUGGCCAUGGGCGGCGGAAGGCUGGACUGGGUGGUUCUCAAGUGGAAUGAGCCGAGCAUCAGGGUAUAUGAGAGCAUUGGGGCAAAGGCGCAGGACGAGUGGGUGGGCAUGCGAGUCGAGGGAGCUAGUCUCGAGAAGCUUGCUCAUCUUCUAGACUAG